AUGGAUUGGGUUCGCGGUCAUAAAUUAGGUCAGGGUAGUUUCGCCACCGUGAGCUUGGCGGUUUCGAGCGGCGGCAACCCCUCUCAGCCGCCGCUUAUGGCGGUGAAAUCUUGCGGGGCCUCCUUCUGUUCGUCGCUCUCGAACGAGAAAUCGGUUCUGCAGGAAAUCGGAGGUUGUCCGGAAAUCAUACGGUGCUUUGGGGACAGCUUCUCGUUGGAGAAGGGCGAGAGGCUUUAUAAUGUUCUGCUCGAGUACGCCUCUGGCGGGUCCCUCGCCGACCGGGUAAAGAAGUCCGGCGGUCAGGGAUUGCCGGAAUUCGAGAUCCGGAGAUAUACCAGGGCGCUGCUCCGGGGGCUGAAGCACAUACACGGGUCCGGCUAUGUCCACUGCGACGUCAAGCUCCAGAACGUGCUUCUGGGAGCCGACGGAGGGGUUCGGAUCGCCGAUUUUGGACUGGCGAGGCGCGGCGGCGGUGCAGCUACGCCCGGUGGUUGUGAGCUGCGGGGAACGCCCAUGUACAUGUCGCCGGAGAUGGUGGCCGGGGGGGAGCAGGGCCCGGCGGCGGACGUUUGGGCGCUGGGAUGCGCGGUGGCGGAGAUGGCUACAGGGAGACCGGCGUGGGGGGGAUUCUCCGACGCGGCGGCGCUGAUGAUGAGGAUCGGCGUCGGCGACCGUGUGCCGGAGGCGCCGGGGAAUUUAUCCGGCGAAGGGAGGGAUUUUCUGGAGAAGUGCUUCGUGAAGGAUCCCAGUCGGAGGUGGACGGCGGAGAUGCUACUCGGACAUCCGUUCGUGGGCGGCGAUGAGGGCGGCGCCUCCGCCUCGAUUUCCCCGCGGUGCAUAUUCGAUUAUCCGGAGGAGUGGGUUUCGGAUUGUUCACCAAUUACGUGUACGCCCCAGCAGGGGUAUUUCGGGGAAGUUGACCUUUGGUCUCCGAAUGAGCCGUCAAGUAAGACGGAGGCGGCGGCGCGUCUGGCUAAGCUUGUGUCUGAACGGGGCCCUGACUGGUCUGUGUCCGAUGGCUGGAUCACCGUUAGGUGA